AUGGCGGCCGAUUGCCCGUCGUACAGUCUCGACGUCAAGCAAGAUAGCCACGAAAGGACCGAAGUCCUCAGACCGCUGCCACCAGUUCUCCAGGAUAAGACUCCCGAAGAGCUGAAGGCUUUGGAGAAACAGGUACUUCGAAAAGUUGACAUGCGCCUGUUGCCUAUGAUGAUACUCAUCUACAUCAUGAACUACUUGGAUAGAAAUGCCAUCGGAGCUGCCAGACUUGGUGGCAUGGAAGCUGAUCUGAAGUUAAAAAAUAACGAGUUCCAAACCUGUGUUUCCAUUUUAUUCGUCGGUUACAUCCUUAUGCAGGUGCCUUCCAACAUGCUUCUCACCAAAAUUGGACGUCCUGCUGCCUAUCUCUCUGCUUGCAUGGUUGCUUGGGGUAUCCUUUGUGCCUGCUCCGGUGUCGUCCACAAUUUUGCUGGCCUCGUCGUCACCCGCUUUCUCCUUGGCUUCGUCGAGGCCGCCUUCUAUCCGGGAGCGCUUGCCACCCUAUCCGCGUGGUAUGUCCGCAGUGAACUUGGAUUCCGCACAGGACUCUUCUACUCAGGCUCCAUGCUCUCAGGUGCCUUUUCCGGACUCAUCGCGGCGGGAAUCACUGACGGCAUGGACGGCCUUCGAGGACUACUCGCGUGGCGAUGGGUGUUCAUCUUGGAAGGUUCAGUGACAGUCUUGGUAGCGGCUGCGGCAUUUUUCGUCCUGCCGGAUUUCCCAGCAAAUACCAAGUGGCUUUCUGAGGAGGAAAGAGCUAUGGCUUGUUGGAGGAUGGAGGAAGAUGCCGCUGGCGAGGAGGACUGGAAUGCCGAGGAAGCUGGAAAACAGCCUCUCUUCGACGGCUUCAAGCUCCUCCUCCGCGACCCCAAGAAUUGGAUCCUGGUCUUCGUUGUCUAUGGUUCCGCUAGCGCCAUCGCCAUCAACUCAUUCUUUCCCACGGUGGUCGCCAGCUUGGGCUACAACAGGAUCACCACCCUCCUCCUUACGGCACCACCCUACCUUCUUGCCUGUAUUGUCUGCGCAGCCGUAUCGUGGAACGCUGGUCGUGUUCAGGAGCGAUACUGGCAUACCAUCCUACCUAUUUCUUGUGCACUGGUCGGAUUUGUCAUUGCUGCUGCUGCUACCAGUGUUGGGGCAAGGUACACUGGAACGAUGUUGAUGCUCCCAGGAGUUUACACAGGAUUUAACAUGGCUAUGGUGUGGACAGCUAAUACUAUCUAUAGACCUGUGUCAAAGCGUGCUGCUGCUUUGGCUUUCAAUAACGCGCUUGCAACAAUCUGCAGUAUUUACGGAUCUUACCUAUACCCCAAUAAUGCGUCGCCUCGGUUCGUGUUGGCCUUUAGUGUCAAUGCAGGGAUGGCUCUGAUGGCUAUUGUGGCAAGCACAGUCCUACACUUCUAUCUCAAGAGGGAAAAUCGCAGACUGGAUGAAAAGGAGGAGGCUGACGCGGCGAGGGGUAUCUUUGUUGCUAAGCCGUUCAGAUACCUUACUUAG